AUGCCUUCUCAGCAAGAAAAAUCGAGCCCAAGCAAGUCAUGUGCGAGCCAUGUAAAGUCUGGAUCCUCAGCAGAUUGUCAGAUCCUCAACGCAGAGCAUCUGAUGUGCUACGAAUGUAACCAAUUCCUGGCUCCAAACGCUUAUUCGCGUCAUCAGUAUUUAAAGUCUCAGGCCAAGUGCAAGGCGUGCGUGGAUAAGUCAAAGGCUGUGGGUCAUGCCGAGCCACGCCUCAAACGAUGUGUGCAAUGCUUUCAAAAUGUACCGAAGUCAUAUUUUUCCAAGCGCCAAGCUCAGCUACUAGACCCUAAGUGCAAGUUGUGUGUUAAAGAGCUGUCUCAGGCCGCUAUUUUCUCAUCAGUGCGUGUUGCUAAUAAAUGGAAAUUUGACCAUUACUACCGCGUGUGUCAUCGUGGCAAACGUGGAGGCGUGUCAGUGCGCGUGAAGCACAAUAUUGCGUCUCCUUUGCUUGGAUACAUUCCUCUUGGUCGCGUUUUUCGUGGCACAGCACCCAUUUGCAAUGAACAGGGCGAUUCCAUGGUGCGACUGGAAGGACCACAAAUUACCAAGGUCGUUGUACAAGACGACAGCAAAAAUUUAUACAGAGAAGAUCAGAAGGCAGAACGGCGGUUGAAAGAGGCGUGGGUGCCCUGCCGCUCCAUUCGUAACGAGACUUUGCUCGAGUCGCAUCGAGGUCCAUUUGUUGCUGGUAACGAAAACGAGUGGACUAGCCGGUUUUUCCGCUGCGUCGUAGAAGGCUGCAAGGUUCGUGAGCAAGCUGAUCUGGUGAUUUCGGAACUUGGCUACGUGCUAUAUGGUGACGUGGUAGAAGUCGUCGAGUCUGUUGUGACCUUAGAUGGAGUCGUAUUCCUGAAGCUCCACGAACGUUAUUUUGAUGGUGUGGCGUGGGUUGUAGAGCGAUCGCUAGAUAACGAGUCGGUGCUAAAUGAAAUUGAGGGUCCAUGGAUAUCGUUGUCAGCUACGCCAAGAAAAGAAUUGUACCGCUGCGUACAAACUUCAGGGGCUCCUAUUCGUAUGGAACCAGAGUUGACAGUAUCACCAGUAGGGCGCAUUCCUUGCGGCGCUGUUGUAACAGUUGUUGAGCGUAUGGUGACCAGUCAGCGCCUAGUGUUUCUUCGAGUUCUUGACUGCAGCAUCUCUUACGCGGAUGAAAGAGACACUCAAGGUGAUAAAUGGGUCAUUGAAACGAGUUCAUGCUGUGCCAGUGUCAUGAUUAAGGUUAAAAAAGAUUGGCACAGCGAUCGACAAUACCAUUCUGUACGGCAUUUGUAA